AUGACCGCACAGCUCCUGAACGAGCCCCCAGGCGCCCGCCCGACGCCACAAGCCAUCAACCCCGAGGACCCGCCCCUUCGGCCGCGCCUCGUCUUUAUCAUCCUCUGCCCGCCGCCCGAGUGUAUGCGCGCGCGUAAUGCUCCGAUGUCCAUGUCGUCCUCGCGCGGCUCCACUUAUUCAUCCCAUCCAAACCAAAAAGCCACCUCGCUCGGAUCUGCUCUGCUCUUGCCGGAUCCAGGGCCAACCCCGAUGCCGAUGCCGAUACCGAUACCAAUUCCAAUCGAACUCGAAUAA